UGUCAAAAAACAUUACGCAGCCAGUGUGGGUAUGUUUGUGUUUGUGUGCCUCUUGACUACACGUUGAAGACAUGGCAGCCAAAAUGGAGCUUGCACCUCUCAGACCGUGGGAUGAUUUCUUCCCCGGAGCGGACCGUUUUGCCAAACCAGAGUUCGGAGAUUUAGCAAAGUGGAACAACAGAGUGAUCAGCAAUUUACUGUACUAUCAGACGAAUUAUUUCGCCGUAGCUGUGGUGGUUUUCAUCAUCGUAGGGUUCCUGAACCCACUUGGCAUGUUUCUGGGAGGAGCUGUGGUGACUCUGGUCUUCAUGGGUUCAGUGUGGGCAGGAGAGAACAAGGCCACCAUCAAGAACUUCAAAAGGAAGAACCCCACCCUGUUUGUCAUUGGGGUUAUGGUCACCAGCUACUUUCUGCUGUCACUGUGUGGUGGUGUCAUGGUGUUCAUCUUUGGAAUCACCUUCCCUUUGCUGUUGAUCCUGAUCCACGCCUCUCUGAGACUGCGCAACAUGAAGAACAGACUGGAGAACAAAAUUGAAGGUGUUGGGCUGAAGAAGACCCCCAUGGGCGUCAUCAUGGACCUCCUGGAUCAACAGGAGGAGAAAAUUAACAAGAUUCAGGAUUUUAUUGAAAGCAAACUGAAGGAGUAAGGCUCUCACAAAGAGUGUGCCAAGUGAAGUAAGUGUUAUACAGUAUGGAUUAAAAUUUCCCUAGCAUCGUCCCAUGUGUCAGGUUUUUAUCCCCCUAUACCCUAUAUCAAGUUACUGAAGUUUGCAUUCCCAUACUUUUUGUCCAUUUACUUUAUUCUGUUCUACAUUUGUAUUAGUUUAUACUAUCUAAACUGAACAGAUGGUCACUUACAAAAAGAUUAUAACAAGAUUUGCACAAUCACCAUGUGGACUGGAUUUUGAGAUGCAAUGGACACUAAAGAUAACCAAAGUUUUGAGCAUUCCAGUGACAAAAAAUGUUCCAAAAACAAAUCAUUUCCCUUGUCGACAGUGCACUUUGUUCGACAUGAUGACUGAGUAUUUAUUUCAGCAAAAUAAGCUGAAUGUUUCAACACAGUGCAGUUAGUAGAUACCAGUUAUAUUUAUUCGAAAAGAACCCAGAUCCUUUCAGUUUGCUACCUCAAAACAAGCAUGUUAAAUUUUCCUCUCACAGAGCAGACCCAACACCCAGUGAACUGCUUAAUAAACAGCAAUAACUCUCAUCUCGUUACUUCAGGAGCUGUAUGCAUACUGAUCUGAGACCAGUUUGCUUCUGACCUAGACGUGGUUACCUGACCUGACUCAUAAUCCUGGAAUUUAGAUUUUCCUCUUGUCAAAAUAUUUGUGCAUACAGUUCCGGACCAUACAGGCUGGCCUGAGUAUAUCCCCUCUGACCACAGCUAUGCAAUACUGAAAAAUGAAUGGCAAGUGCAGCUUUAUUGUUUGAAUAUUAUGUUAUUUACAUGUUUGCUGUUACUAUUUUUGAUGUGUCUUUAUUUUCACAAUACAGCAUGCAGAAAUGUAUAAAAUGGCUGCAGGAUACAGAGUACAUAACUUCGACAAUGAAUACUGAUUCAACUGAAAUUUUAAUUUUAAUCUAUCACUAUCCCCUCAUCAUUAGUAAAUACUGGAAUAGAGACAUCCUCUGCUGUUUUCCCAUGAAAUACCUUUUCCUUGUGAAAGAGCUAAAUUAAAUCUGUCAUCCGCAAUGUAAAAUUUUAUUUUAUACUGCUACUCCUGAUAGUAAAAGCAGGUGUUUCCUGUUGCUUUUCACACCUUGACUGCAGUUUGUGCAUGCUAACUUCACAAAUGGCAGUUUGGAGAGAUUGUUGAUGUUAAAUGGAUGCUAUAUUAUAUAUUGUCUAUGUUUUUAUGUGACUUUUUCAUUAUUGAAAAGUGACGAUGAAAUCACAGAACUGGGCAUAAAAGAUGGCUAUCCUCUAUAAAAAUAAAGAGAACCUAAUUUAUGUUGCGGCCGUUUUUCAAUCAAGUCUCAGAGUGAAUAUAUAGUUUUUUUUUAUUUAUCACAAAAUUUAGAGUUAUUCUUGUCUUAUUUGGGUUAAAUGCAAAACGAAGUAUUUGUAAUUGUAGGCCAUUAAUAAAACAAAUGAAAAGCUUAUAAUACCACUGAAUAGCAAACUAAUAAAUACCCUUACAGAUGGUGUGUA